AUGCUUUACGUCGUUGAGUCGUUUAUCAUCUUGAUGGAAAUGUACAUCUACACUGGCAGAUUGUCGCUCAGUUCAAUGAAAGACGAAUUAGUACUUGAAUUACUUGGCUUGGCGCACAAGUAUGGCUUCACCGAUUUGGAGCAAAGCAUCUCGGAGUAUCUGAAGGCGGUAUUGAAUGUGCGAAAUAUGUGCCUGGUGUAUGGUGCAGCACAUCUCUAUUCGUUGCGUUCGCUUUCUGAAGGGUUUCUGCAACUUUCUGCUGCUGCCGUCGAACAAAUGGUGCAGCGUGAUUCGUUAUGCGCCCCGGAAAUUGAUCUUUUCAAGGCUGUUCGUGAGUGGGUUCGACAGCAUCCCGAUCAGGUCUGCUUGUGA